AUGUCAAUGUUUCGGUCCGCCGCCGAAAUUUCAUCGUCGGAGGCCGACACGGACUCCGACCCUGGUGGUCAUGACGAAGACAAUGAUGCCUUCAAUUCUAGCUCGCAUGGGGUGCCGGUGUCAUCCCAUCUCGAUAAGGGAAAAUCACCUGCGAAUUUAUCGACUAGCGUGGAUUCCACCAGUGAAGUAGACGCUUCUAUCUUACGUGAGGAUGUCUCUACAUUAGCAAAGGAUGCGUUGACAUCGAAUGUGGAGCGACACGCCAAUUUCAUGACGGCCGCUUUGCUGGAAUUCUAUUGCCAAACCCGGGCAGCAGACAUUCUCAAUGCACAGACGGGCUCGUCAACUAAAUUCACUCGGCAUUCUCCAGAAGCCCAGUAUCUGGGUAAGAAACUGUAUAAAUACAAAUCACAGUUUCUCGCUUCACAUGGCGUGCUUGCAGAUGGAAUCGAGAACGAGGACCUGGACGGAACUAGGCAAUCCUAUCGGGACAAUCUUGAUAUGCUUGGCCUUUCCGCUUUGGAAGAUAUAAAUCUAAAUGACACCCAACCACCCACGCCCAUUGAAGGAAGCGAAGAGCUCGCUCUCAUCUCAAAGUUGUCCCAGACCCACCAGGGGAAUCACGGCCCUGAGAAGAGCGUCCACUUCUGGAAGCUCCCCGGGGAAGAGGCGCCAUUCAGCCAGCAAAUCUCCCGCAAUCCCAGCUUCAAUGUCCGCCAGGGUGUGGCCUUUGAGGCCCCUCGAUUGCCUGCACCGUCAAGGCCUCUUUUCGGGAGCUCUCCAGUUAGUCUGCCCAUAUUUGAAGGCCCUGCGAUGCCGCCGCCAUACAACAACAUGUCACGCUAUGCGGUCGAAUUCAGCGAACUUCGAAUGCUAGGCCGGGGAUCUUUUGGGGAGGUUUAUCAUGUUAAGAACCAUAUUGAUGGGCAGGACUACGCCGUGAAAAAGAUUCCACUAAGUCAGAAACGUUUAGACCAACUUCAGUAUGGUGGUCAAAAUCAUUUGGAGGUCAUCAUGAAAGAGAUUCGCACGCUCGCGAGGCUCGAGCACACUAAUAUCGUUCGAUAUUACGGUGCAUGGGUGGAACAAGCCCACGUCACAGGCCGUGGACCCAUCGAGCAUAAAGUUCAUGGUGAACACGACUCGUCAAACUUGGACGGGUCCGGCCUUGAAUCGAUGGAUGAUGGCAUGAACAUUGUAUUCGAGCACUCAGAGAACUCGGCCGUACAUGGCCAUGUCAGUGACUCCAUGCCCGACGAGGGCGGGUUUUCAGAUGACAUCACAAGAUGGGACAGCCACACGACGUCGUCAACGCAUCGAUCUAAGAAGAGCUUCAGGGGAGGACUCGAGGAAGAUGACGAGAUCGAGUCCAUCCCACGGCAUCGCAGUGGACUGUCAAUGGGAGACACCUCCACUUUUGGGGAGACUGACGACAUCUUCACUGAUGGCAUGAGUCAAGAUCAGUCGAGGCUCCAAUUACAACGCCGUCGUCGGUUUGGUCAUCAACCACCAGCUGUCAUUCUUCACAUCCAAAUGUCACUUCAUCCCAUUUCGCUCAGCUCGUACCUUAAUCCAAAUGCGGCUGGUAACACAAACCCUACUCCUGGCAUUCCGGCUCGCCGUCACUGCUUCCAUUUGAUGCCUUCUCUGCGCUUCAUGCUUGAUAUUCUCGCCGGCGUCGAGUAUCUCCAUUCCAAGGGGAUCAUUCAUCGCGACCUGAAACCUGCGAAUAUUUUCCUCUGUGCACCAGAGAGCGCCACCAAGGCCAUUUGUACCUCGUGCAAUUCAGGCACCGCCCCACUCACCCAUUUCUGUCGUCCGCGCAUCGGUGAUUUCGGCCUAGUUGCUGACGUAUCGCAUUUGAAUGAAGCUGCCUCUGAGAGCGCAAUCACUCCCUAUCGUGACGGCAUCAAUGUCCAGCCAGUCGUUGGAACCGAGUUCUAUCGACCUCCUGCCAUUGUAGAGGACUCAGACCUUUCGGGCUACUUCGACGAAUAUCAGAUUGAUGAGAAGCUCGAUGUUUAUGCUUUGGGGGUGAUCUUCUUCGAGUUGCUGUAUCGUCUAAACACUAGGAUGGAGCGGCAAAUGGUCCUGAGUGACCUGACUCGGCGAACCACUACCCUCCCUAACGACUUCGCGGACAGACUCGAUCACUGUGACACAGUGCUCAACACGGGCCGCACUGUCGCUGAAACAGUGACUGAGUGUAUCCGCGGCAUGCUGAAUCCGCGAUCCCAGCACAGAUGGACUCUUCGUCAAGCCAGAGAGCACAUCCGCCCCGUCUACAAAGUCAUGAAACACCCCGAGAGCGCGCGCAAGUAG